UCCCUGUUCUUCGCUUAUUUAAGACUAGGCUAGGCUAAACUAAGCUCGCAGUUUCUUUCGCGGCAUAAAAUCGACAAGCGCAACAAAAUGUGAAAGGGGCCAAGCUGAAAAACAAGUUAUAAAAUCAACUCAGUGAUCAGUUAUGAAACCAUAUCAAGGCGUAAAGUGGUUUAGACAGAUGUAGUUAACAAGAUAAUUAAAGUUUUCCCAGCGUCUUUGAACCCACCCUUUCCAACUGGCUCCCUGACCUCCCGUGUUAAGGACGUCUAGCUGUCACCAUGCUACCCCGGGUCAUCAGUAGUGGGGUCACAGCUCACCGAAUCAGCAAGAACAUCACCUUCUACCUAAACGAGACGGCUGCCCUUGAACCUUCCGGAACCCCAGCCCCUGUCAAAGCCAAACCUCUCCUUCUGAUGAUGCCGUGGUUGGGGUCUCAACCCCAUGCUGUGGCCAAGUACUGUGACAUCUACUUCCGCACUGGCUUUGAUGUGCUCGUUGUGGAGAGUGAGGUGAGUCUGUUCCUGUGGCCUCGAUGGGGGCUGGACUAUGGAGCACGGGUGCUAGACGUGCUUCAAAGUGAGCAGUUUGUUUCACGCCCCCUGCUCGUGCAUGCCUUUUCCAUAGGCGCUUUCACAUUUACCCAGUUGCUGGUGCACGUGUCCCAGGACACGCUCAAGUAUCAGGAACUCACCCAGAGGAUUAGGGGCCAGAUCUACGACAGCCUGGUGAUGGGCUCUCUGGAGAGGAUGGCGAUUGGCCUAGGUAAGAACAUAUUCCCUCGCUUCGAGAACUUAGUGAAACACGGCAGUAUGCUUUACUUUUGGGCCUUCAAACAGCACACGGUAGCAUACUUCAACAAAAGCCUCAACGUAUUCUGGAACAAUCCGGUCACCGCGCCAGCCCUGUUCUACUUCUGUGAGAACGAUGUGCUGUGCGACCCGCUGGGAAUGGAAGAGAUCAGUGCCUUCUGGAGGAAACGAGGAAUGAGUGUCACAGAGAAGAAAUGGGAGGAUUCGACACAUGCAGGCCACCUUAGGCGACACCCUGAGGAGUACUUGUCCACCCUGGAGAAAUUCCUCCAGUUCCUCAGUUUGGCUCCACUGAGGGCCAAAAUGUAACAGAAGGGCACAGGACUCCAAAGAAACCUCUUUUGAGCGACAAAGUGUUACAGUGGACUUCCAAAUAUAAACCUAAAGUUUGACCUGGAAAAUAUCUGCAAUACUGACUGUUUUGUAAAUGACGUCACGUUUGCCUCACAUGUUUCAUACACAAUUAAAAUGUAACGUAAUUAAAAAGAACCUAUGAAAGAGCAUGAAUGUACAAAAGCAAUGGUAAUUUGUUCAUAAGAAUAAGUAAUUGCUUUUAUGAUAUGCAUAAAUGAACAGAUUAAGAGUUGAACAAGUAAUUUUGACCGUUUCAAUUGUGAUCUGACAAAUGAAGGUAAAAAAGCAUCUGAGAACUUUCAACUGUAUCACAGGCACAAACAUGAACAUUGCACUAUAAUUACAAGAAUCUGUGUUUGUGAGUCACCGAUAUCAUUGACUACAUCACAGGCACUGUGCAUUAAUAUAUUUUUACAGUUUAUUACAGAGUUCAGUCUUCUAUUUACAAGUAUUAAAAACCGUAAAGUAUAAAAUCUUAUAGUAUUUCAAUGACAAGACAGAAGUAGAUCAUAAUGGUGCAUACAUUUUACAGUUUGCAACCAUGUUUAAAGUGAAGCUAUAUGGAACCAAAUCAGUGAAAUAACUUAAUAUUUCAAAUUUAAAGAGAUUAAUUCAAAACCAUCAAAUUCGGUGGUGUUUAAAUUUCGAUAUUAAGUAUUCAAUGCGUUUUAAAAUUCAAAACAUGUCACUGAUUUGCUUCCAGAAAACAGACUCUUUAAAUUACUUUUGUUUGUGUUUUUAUGGAAAGGUUCAUGUAAGGUUAUGUAGGUUUGUUUGAAUGGUACCCAAGUAAAGGAUUGUUUUUUAUGCAGUAGUAUGACAACGGGUUAGUGAAUCACACAACAAUAACUAAACUUAAACUAAGUUAUUUAACUGAAUUAUUUCAGUAAACAAGUUGCCAGAAAAAGACCAAAAUGUAAAUCACCACAACGGCGUGAUGCAGUGCAGAGCCAAUUAAAUGUGAAACAUCUGUAGUACAACAUUGUUGUGAUGUGUGUUCAUGAGUUCAGGAAGGCACUUGUGUGGACGUGUGUGUGUGUUGGGGGGGAGGUACUACUGU